UAGUGAUGAACUACCCGCGUCCAAGACUGAGGAACCUGGUACUGGUAACGAACCAUCAGAUGCGAAAAAAGCUGGGGAUAAUUUAGACGAUGAAAUAUUUGAAAACAAAGACAACGGUGUCGCUUUCACUUUCCCGGAGAAUACCGCAACCUCACGGACAUCGCUCAGCACUCCCACGUCGCCGAAAAGGAAACCCAAGAUAACAAGCUUAGAUGAAGUAUUAAAGUUGCUACACGAGAAGAGACUGGAGCAAGAACUGCUGGCUAAGCAGCAAACAAAAUCUGAAAGAGCCCGGAUGAGGUGGCAACACUCAAUGCUAGUGGCUCUUCGGAAAACACGCAACAUGCGCACGUAUUCGAGCUCCGAAAAUCUCAAAUCGUCGGGGAGUUUCGGCUCGGACUCGGCGAACGCCGCCGCAAGUCCGGAAUUGGACGAAAAGGCAGCUAAGGUCAAAUACCGCGAAAUUUCCGCCAAGUACGACAGCAUUUUGGAAGACGAGCGACUAAAAAUGCUUCGGCGAGAAACUUUGCUUAAAAAGCGACGAAAUUCGUUAAUUUUACACCAGGAUAUUUUACAGAAAAAAUUGAAUAAGUUUCAAGAUGGCGGCAAGGGGACGAUGAAAAAGCGGCAGUCGAAAUCGGACGCGAAAGAAAUGUCGGUGUCUUUUUCAAAAGGCGAAAACGGGGAAGUCGUGAAACAACUUGCGGAUAUCAAUACGGAACUUGAAGGGAUAAAGAAGGAUAUAGCGAGCAAUCAUGACGAACAACGCAAGAUAAGUGAGGACCUUAAUGAACAAAAACGCAAAGAACUGCACGAAAUAAGAUUAAAUGUGGACUUGAGUCCUCAAACAUCUAAAAGUUCCCUUCCCGAAAGCAAAUUAUUUCAUCGGAGGCAAGUGUCGGAUUCGUCACUGAACGAAAGUUACCGAAAAAUGACUAUAAAUAAUGACACAUUGAAGUUGCCAUUAACUCAUACAAUGUCGACACCGGCAGCCGAUUCAAGUAUUGUUAAGUCAAAAUCUUUUUCGUCAUCCGGUAUUCCGAAGACAAAGAGUAGUCCGUUGUUACGAACAAAGACUUAUGAUAGUUCGGAUGGGUUGAAGAGGCCGAAGGUAAAAUCACGGGCAAGUCAGGAAGUAAUGUCUCUGGCACUGUCACAGAUUGAGGUGGGUUUGUAUAUAAUAAGUCAUAAUAAUCUCAGACUAAUUCAUGAGUAAAUUGGCCAACCAUAUUGCUUUAUUCUGCUCACAUGAUAAUACUGGAUACCUGGUGAAGUAUAUUGAUCGAGUCCUAGGAUUGGAUCAAAAUUAAUUCAGUCCUUGGACUGGAUCAAAAUCAAUUCACCUCACUUUAAAGGCACAGUUCAGCCUUUUGAACGAUGGUUUUUAAGGCGCAUUUCAGCUCUUAAUUGAAAAAAACUAACUAGGAAAAUCAAUUAAGCAUAAUUCAAGAUCACCAAACUCAAUGUUUUUAACAUUUUAAAAACAUCGAGUUUACUGAUUUUGAAUUAUACUUAAUUGAUUUUCCUAGUUAGUUUUUUCAAUUAAAAGGGCUGAAAUGCGCCUUAAAAACCAUCGUUCAAAAGGCUGAACUGUGCCUUUAAGUAGUGAUUUAUUUGUUAUGAGACAUGUCAUUUCAAAUCCUCCAAUUAGCCAUUCCGAAGUUGAUGAGUGGACUGGGGACGAGUGUUAAAAAGUGCCCAAAUUAAGAAAUGAACCAAAUCACUAAAAAGACCACCUCAAAAUUAGUAAGUAUACAAAGUUUGAAGACGUUUACAUGAAUAUCCUUCGAAUAAUAAGCUUUCGGAAAUCGUGAUAUUUACUAUGAAAUGUAUUGUAAUUUUUGUUUUUGGGACGCGCGUCCCAAAACCAAUCUUUUAAUCAGUAAUUUCACAAUUUUCGAAAGCUUAUUAUUCGAAGGGGAUUCAUGUAAACGUCUUCAAACUUUUGUCCACAUACUAAUUUUGAGGUGGUCUCAUUUCUUAAUUUGGGCACUUUUUAACACCAGUUUGAACACUCGUCCCCAGUCCACUCAUCAACUUCGGAGUGGUUAAUUCGGACUGGACCGCGCGGACUUCAAAUCUAGUCCAGUCCUCAUAGUCGAAUUUGAAAUAUUACGUUCUGUCUAGUCAAAAUGACCACAAAAUAGAAAUAAGUAAAUCUCUUUUUCGAAAAGUAAUUAUUACAAACCACAAAUCACUUUUUUCAGAAGUAGUUAAUUACUAAUUACUUUUCAUACUACUUCCUUUUUUGCACAAUAAUAAAAUUGAAGAUAUUACAACAGUAUCAAAAUAUACAGUAAUGAUUCUUAUAAAUUAAAAUGUAACAAAAAAAUGUAGGGAAAACUAGUGCAAACGUAACAUUCAGUCGUUCUACGAACUUUUGGCCAAGAUUGUGGAUGUUUCGGUUUGAAUGGCGCAUAAGGGAAUAUGAACCGCAGGCCGCUGAGCGCAAUUCAAGCUGGAUAAAAAAACUACACGCACUAACCAAUUUGCCACCAGGACUAAUUUAUCAGCUGAGUCAAGUGAAAUGUUAUCUAUCUAGUUUCUGCUUAGACUACGUCAUAUACCGAGUUAGGGUGUACCAGGUAGGGUAGUUCUGUUUUGCGCACCUCUUCUUACCCCCGUUUUCCGCCUGUGUGUCUUCGCCCAGCUGUUCAUAUUCCCUUUAAUACGCCAUGUAAAGAUUACAAAAGUCUCUAAUCGGAGGAGAGAGUCACUGUGCAGUUGUUUUCGUUGACUUUAUCACAGUGAAAUCGCGUAAGGGAGUGAAACUAACAGUCAAUAUCCGCUGUCUUUGGCUUCAUUCUCUUCAGCUUCUACAAUGUUUUAACGCACCUUACUUUUCCAGGACUUCGAGGCGUUUGUUCAAGACUCGUAUCGGAACUGUGGCGCUGAUGUUGGUUGUUGAAAAAGCCUGGUAACGAGACACUGUCACCCAAGCAAGAUGCCGCUUGCAUCCUGGACAUGGAGAUGUCAUAGGAGAUGUAUACUGUCGUAUAACACUUGUAUAUCCUCACAAACUUUGUCUCACAUCGAGACGUUAUAGUGCCCCUUACACAAAAUAUUUUAUUGUCUCAUUUGAAAGAACAUUUAAUACCACAGAACACAGAGUAACAACUUUUUCAAAUUUUUAUUUUUAUGCCUCUCUUAUGAGUUAUAUCAUGUUUUUUCGAAGUAAAUUACAAUUGAAAGCUUUUUUUAUCUUGAUCAUUAUCAAAUGAAAACAACUCGUUGUGUCGGUUUUAUUAAAAAUCCUAUUUACUUUUGUGGUAAAUAUAUAUUCUUCAUGUGCAAUGCAUUAUGAGGUAAUUUAUAUAUCAAACACAAGAACAGAAAUUUGGAGUUGCUAACGAGACAAUAAAAAUUUUGGCGCUACCUAGGGGCACUUUAAUAUAUUUCCUACGGAAUAUUGAAAUACUACUGGAAUUUCCCAGCAAUCCAAUUUAAGCAACAACAGUCUUACAUUGUAACUCUUUUCCGCCUAAAAUUUCCAUCUCUCUCGUCCAUCAAAAAAUCUGAAUGUGAGAUGUUGUAUGAGUGAGAUUGAUGACGUCAACUCGGUUUGGAGAAUGAGAAAAUAUCGACACGAACGCUAUCUUCAUUUACAGAUCUUUAUUUAUUACUGUGAUGUGGGUGCGAUAAUUCAAGAAUCUCAGCCGUACCUGACUGGUGCUCCAAUAAUUACUGCCGCGCACUUGAGCACCAACAUAUUAAGUCUUAGUCUUUAAGAGAAAGUACGUAAAGGACAAUUUUCUGAAAGGUAUUCAUUCAGUAACCUAAGUUAGAACAAGAUGGAACAAGAAUUGUAUAUAUCAACAUUACAAUUGACUCCAACAUUCAUUAGCCUCGUCAGUCAAAUCGUGUUCCAUCCCAACUCAUGUCGGAUUUACACAUAUACCUGCUAAAUGCCUUGCGCAUGGAAAGAUCAUGUGAUCUUCCAACAAAAUGUAAGUACGCCAGAGUCCCGUAUUUGCGUGGCACUUGACUUAAAACAAAGAAGUUGUAAACCGUAAUAUUGGCGCACACCUCCGGUACGUAUAAGUACACGGAUUAUCACACCACGAAUGUGAAGAUUUUCUUUGUUUUUGCUCAUGAAUAAUGAUGAGUUUGAGAAAGAAUUAUACAUCCCAUUUGGUUUGCUCAUAGCUUAUCGAAGGGAGGAUCGCUAUGAAACUCAAUAGCAAUGUCUUAGGAAAGUUACCUAUCCGUGACUCGAACAACAGGGUAAAUUGGAAAUUGCUAUUGGCGGAUUUGGCAAAAAUACAAUACACACGUGACGGUGAAGGACCAGAUUUACGAAUAAACGUUGAGUAACAUAUAGAUAAUGAAUUAUAUUGUUAUUCUGAUGAGUUUCACAGCCAUCUUCCCUGCGAUAGGCUAUGGUUUGCUGUUCGUAUAAAUAGACGCUUGAUGAAUUUGCACACGCUUGAAAUCGAGGCGGAUGAUGCAAUCAAUGUAAAUAGUGUAGUUUCUAUUAAUGCCUGCCAGCAAAUUCAGAAAGCGUCUAUUAAUAAUACGCAGUUUAAAAAAGCGGGAUGUGCUAAAGUCAGUAUAUGUGCUUACUAUCAAAACAAUAUAAUAUAAUUAAGCCAGGAAAUAAUAUGCAAACGUUUUAUAUAGCACUAUGAAUUUAAUAUUUCAUGUCGUAAUAGACUUCACUGUUUAUUGCAUUUUUCCCCAAAUAGCCUCGUUUCCAUAGGCGCACAUGAAGGUUAUAUCUCCAUAAUUCAUGCACGCACAAGUUUCUCUUUUCUUAUUCUAUCUCUUGGCCCAAUCACAAGCUUAUCCUCAACCCUAUUAUCACGAGGAAAUAAGUGCAAUAAACAGUGCAGCAAUUAAUAUUCAUGUCGACUGUAUUUUUGUAAUAUACAAAUUUAUAUCCAGAAUUGAACUGAAAUUAAUUUUAUAUUUCUAAAAUCUUGUACACUAUAAUACUGCACUACGUUGCACGAUGAAUAUAUUAAAUUUAUGUAAUGAAGCAAAUAUUAGACUAUAUUAAAGUAUAAACAGACAAAAUCGUUGGUCUCUUUUCAUGUAAAAUUUCAAUAAUUGGAACGAGUAUUUGAAAAUUUCAAUAGACAACUUGCAUGUUAGACUAAUUUUUGAUAUAGGC